AGGUGGAACUAGCACCUGUUGCUUGAUAGGCAGAUACAGGCAGAGAGUGUAGAAGGUAGGUUUCAAUUUUAUCCUUGGACCAUAUCCUAAAAAUUGACCCAUUAGUCAACCCCAAUGGAAGAGGACUAUGGCACAACCAUCCUAGGAAACCUAAGAGCGUGGCCCAGGAAAAGAUUCUUGCAACAUCUUCUGUGAUCAAUCAGCUGCAGAGAACCAGUUGGUGACAAGAGGCAGAUGCUGAUGAGGGACCAUGUGAGACUGGAACAGUGAAAGAAGCUUUCUUAUUGUGUGGGAUCUCUGCCUCAAUCAUCAGUACAAGGAGCAAAUGCUACUAAAAUGAAGACUUGUAUCAAGAGCCCAAACACAGCUAAGAAUUGGUGCAUGACAUGCACACCCUUACACCAGGAACAGCCAACUUGUUGAAGACUUAGCCAAGACUGCAGCACCUAUGAGUGGAAUUCCUAGAAGGCAUGGAGCCACUGACCCACCACCCUGGAAUCGAGAUGUUAUAACCAGAAGAGCACAUUGAAGAGAGCUGGCUGGAUCUGGGUGUGCUCAGAAUCCGGGUGUGCUCAGAAGAGAGCUGCAAGACGCUGAAGCAGGUUUUGGUCUCAGCCUCAGAUAGAAGAGUCUUCCGUUGCUGCUGUUUCCUCUCCAACCGUUUCCAUCCAAGCAAGACAAACUGUGAUUUGGGUAGGAACCAAAAAAUAACGCACUGCCUCUAUCCCCAGGAAAAUGUCUCAAGUACCCACCCUCCUCCUUGCUGUCACGCAUCAGGCCAGCUGAAAGCAGCAGCUCCAGGGCUCAUCCUUUCUGUGUGUGAGCCAGUUCAGCAUCCCCCAUGCCAGAACUGCAGCACCUGAAUGAACCCAGGCUCCCGGCUAAUGCCAGCCAGAUCCAGAGAAACAUCCUGGAAGAGCAUGUGGAGCUAUGGUGGUUCCAGGAGCCCAGGAAGUCCUUCAUCUGCUAUGGAAUAGCGGUGGCCUUGAUUCUAGCCUGUGGGGUGGGUGGCAUUGCCCUGCUCUACAGUACUAGCAGUCGCUCUGGAGAGUGGAGGCUGGCAGUGGGCACAACGCUCUGUCUGCUGGCACUCUUGGUACUACUGAAGCAACUGUUGAGCUCUGCCAUCCAGGACAUGAACUGCAUUCGCAGACGAGAACAGGUGGAGUUGCUGAAGAGCGGUGGGGCAUCUGACUGCGUUGUGCUUCUGCUGACGGCCUUGGUGCUGCUGGUGUGUGGCACAGUGCUCACAGCCCUCUCCACCACCAGUGUCAGCACCAGUCCCCCAACCCCACGCCCCCUUGCCAGCAUGUUUAUCAGUGGCAUUGUGCUCACAGCUGCGGGAGCAAUUAUCCUGCUCAGUCUGUUGCUGUAUUUGACAUGGACUUCCUGCCGUCCGGCUAUCCGUCAGAACCAGGGGGCUGAAAACAACAGUGCCAUCUUCACCGUAUCAGGACACGUUUCUGCCAGUCAGCAAUUUCCUCCUACCUCCAGCAUGGCAAACCUAAUUUAACCCUCAAGGACAUGGUGGUGACUGCCGCUGACUCUGAGAUUACUCUGACUUUGGGUUGGCAUUUCCCUACAUGCCAUCUGACCCAAACUCAGCACCUUAAUGAACUUUUCACUGCUUGGUCAGACAUCAGAACCUCUCUGAAGUUUGCUUUGGGGCACAUGGAGAAUCAAAAGAAGUGUAACGGGAGGAAAACAAGUGGCUAUCAUUCCAAAGUGGGACUGUGCUUAUCCUAAAUAACUAAGGCACCUUGAAUACAUGGAGAAGCAUCUCUCUCAGCAGUUCCACUGAAAAUCCAUUUCAGACUAACGUUGGUUUAUGAGGCAUUACCACCUAUUUCUUUUUUGCAUUCAAAAGGACUAGAAGCUUGCUUUUACAAAAAUGAAAGCAGCAGCUCUGUAGAAACUGAAUCAGUUUUAAGCUUAUGUGGUGUGAUAGUUCUAUUUAGAACAACCAAAGUAUGAAGACUAAAUAACUAAGCUACAUAGAGCAUAUUUCCAACAAAGCGUAUCUUCCUAGCCAGAACACUGAGGACCAUGGCAAAACACACCCUACAAUACAGCCAGCAGGGCUACCGGAUCUGGGCUGCAAAAAUCCAGGUGAUCACAAGAUGGCAGCAACAAGUUAUAUUUGUCUGUUUCUCUUUGCUGUCUUCUAGCAAUCAUCCAAAUUUUUGUAGCCCAGGCAUGGCAACUCUAACUGCCACUUGCCAAUGGUGCUUGAUAGAAAAUAGAUGAUAGGAAUAAUAUUUUCCAGUCUUAAGACUUCGGGAUACUGGAGUUUGGAAACAAGAUAAAACCACCCAGAGUUGUUGGGAGUCAGGUGGCACAUACAUUUAAUAAAUUAUUAUAAUUAUAAAAGAAAGUUUACAGCAGGACCAAACUGUAUGUGUGAAUCCAGGGAAGCAUCAAUUCAUGUAUUAUACUAAUAACAAAAUUGGUAUAGGUGUGCCUAUUUCCUGAUGUAUGAAGAAAUAAUACUCAUUUUGUUUACUUUUAUAAUGGAAAUCACUAAGUCUGAUUAUUUCAAGAAACAUCUUGCCCCAGACCAAGAGCAAGAUGACUGUACAGCAUCUACAGAUUAGUAGCUUUACAAUAUCUGUCACUUCCUGCAAUGCCAACU